CCCACCCCCGGUGUGUGUGUGUGCACGCCCCCCCCCCCCCCGCCAUGGAGGACGUGACCCCCCCGGAUUUUCUGCCCUUCCUCCUGCAGCAGGACUGGGGUGCGCAGGAGCCGGGGGGGGCCGCCCCCUUCGUGGAGAUCCUGGAGCAGCCGAAGCCGCGGGGGAUGAGGUUCCGCUACAAGUGCGAGGGGCGCUCGGCCGGCAGCAUCCCCGGGGAGCACAGCACCGACACCACCAAGACGCACCCCACCAUCCGCGUGAACAACUCAGGGCCCGGGCGGGUGCGGGUGUCGCUGGUGACGAAGGAGCCCCCCCACCGCCCCCACCCCCACGAGCUGGUGGGCAAGGACUGCCGGGACGGCUACUACGAGGCCGAGCUGCCCCCCGAGCGCAACAUCCACAGUUUCCAGAAUUUAGGGAUUCAGUGCGAAAAACGGGAGCUGGAAGCGGCCCUGGCCGAACGGAUCCGCACCAAUAACAACCCCUUCAACGUGCCGGCGGAGCAGCGCGGGGGCGAGUACGACCUGAGCGCGGUGCGACUCUGCUUCCAGGUGUGGGUGCGGGGACCCGGGGGGCUGCGCCCCCUCCCCCCCGUCCUCUCCCAGCCCGUCUACGACAACCGGGCCCCCAGCACGGCCGAGCUGCGGAUCUGCCGGGUGAACCGGAACUCGGGGAGCUGCCGGGGGGGGGACGAGAUCUUCCUGCUCUGUGACAAGGUCCAGAAAGAGGACAUCGAGGUGCGUUUCUCGGCGGAGGGCUGGGAGGCCAAGGGCUCCUUCGCGCAGGCCGACGUCCACCGCCAGGUCGCCAUCGUCUUCCGCACCCCGCCCUACCGCGAGCCGGGCCUGCGCCAGCCCGUCACCGUCCGCAUGCAGCUCCAGCGGCCCUCCGACCGCGAGCGCAGCGAGCCCAUGGACUUCCGCUACCUGCCCCACCAGGGGGACCUGCAGUGCAUCGAGGAGAAGCGCAAACGCACCCGCGAGACCUUCCGCUCCUUCGUCCAGCGCAGCCCCCUGCCCGGCCCGGUGCCCCCCGAGCCCCGGCCCCCCCGGCGCAUCGCGGUGCCCUCGCGGCCCUCCCCGGCCCCCCAGCCCCCCCCCAGCAUGGCUCUCCCCCCAGCCCCCUCCUUCUCUUUCGGGGGGCCGGGGGGGCAGUUGGGGGGCCCCCCCCCCGAAGCGGAGCCCCUGGCCGAGGCCCUGCUGCAUCUGCAGUUUGAAGAAGGAGCCCCCCCCGCGGGAGGGGGGGGCAACGGGGGGGGGGGAGUCCCCCCUUUGGAUUUCGGGGCACUUCUGGGGGACCCCCCUUUCUCCCCCCUCGAUACCAUCAACGCCGCCGACGUCCAGCGCUUGUUGGGCCCCCCCGAGCCCCCCCCGGCUUUUGGGGAUCCCCCCCCGGAUUUUGGAGGGGGCGCUCCUGAUUUUGGGGGGGCCCCCCAGGAUUUCGGGGCCCCCCCCAUGCUGAUGUCGUACCCCGAAGCCAUCGCCCGGCUGGUGCAGAGUCAGCCCCUGGGGGGGGGGCCCGAAAUCGGGGGGGGGGGCCCAGUGGGGGGGGGGCCCGAUUUGGGGGUGGGGGCCCCCCCCGAGGACUCGCUGCCUUCCCUGGGAGACCUGGACGACUUCAGUGCCUUCCUCGGCCAGUUCCCCUCCUCCUAACUGGGAGGGACUGGGCGGUUACUGGGGGGCUUCUAGGACGGGCUGGGGGGCUACUGGGAGUUACUGGGAGGCUUUUAGGAGGAACUGGCGGGUUUGGGGGGGCUACCGGGAGGCUUGUAGAGUUACUGGGGGGCUUCUAGGGGGACGCCGAGGGGCUACUGGGAGUUACUGGGGGGCUUUUAGGAGGAACUAGGGGGGUUGGGGGGCUACUGGGAGGCUUCUGGGCAGGGCCGGGGGCCACUGGGAGGGUUCUAGGGGCCACUGGGAAAGCUGGGUGGUUACUGGGGGGCUACUGGGAGUUACUGGGAGGCUUCUACGCAGGGU